AUGGUCUUCGGAGUAGGCCUACUGGUCAAUGCGGUCCUUGUGGCCAUCCCAGUUGGGGGAAGUGUUGGGGCUCUCAUGGGCAUUGACGCCCACCGAGCAGCUACGGGUCAGAAGCCUCUAUUCACCGGGGGGAACAAUGAGGAUGGCACCGACACUGGUACCGGCGGCGGCGGCGACAGUACUGGCGGUGGCAACAAUGGUCACACGAUCACGAACAACGGCGUGCAGUACCGGCAGUACUGCGAUCUGUCUUAUGGAAUCACCCCACCGUCGAAAACUGAACAAUACACACUGAACCCCAAUCAAUGGGGUGUGAAAUCAGACUCGACAGGAAACGGGCUCUGCAUGAAUGUCACGACGUUGGUCAACCAGACUUAUGCAGCCCAGACUGCUCCCGAGUUCUCCAUCACCUGGCAAUACGACCCUGGCCCUCAGACUGCGCCCGUCCACGGAUACCCGAAUAUUCGCGUCGAUGAUGUGUUGCCAAAGGAGAUGGAUAAGAUCUCGAAGUUGUAUCUUGACCUGCAUUGGACAUAUGGAGUGGGUGACGAGACCGCCGCGUCAACAGAUGUACAAGCGUUGACGAAGGAAAACCUUGCCACGAACGUCGCCAUUGAUAUGUUCUUGGACGCCGAUGCUGAUAAAGCCAAGAAUGGAACUGAUGCGAAGUUCGAGGUCAUGGUUUGGUUCUGGAUGUCAAAUAUAGAGGCCCAGCCCCACGGUUGGGGGAGCCCAGGAAUCAACAGGACGUUGGAAGGAACGAAAUUCACACUUUACACCGGUAAAAAUGACAACGGACAGCAGGUUUUGUCCUGGCUCCCAGAAACGAUCCUCGAGAGAUUCACUGGAGACAUUUACCCCCUCAUCACCGAUCUGUACAACUUGGAAGGAAACGACUACCCGGCUAAAAACGACUACCUUGGCAGUCUCAGUUUCGGAACAGAAGUCUACUCCGUGAACAACAAUGUCACAUUCUGGGCCGAGCAGUACAAGAUCGAUAUUAAGAGCUGA